CCAAAAGCAAAGGACAGUGGAGAUUUUAGACAGAAAGGCAGAGAUGCUGUCCGACCCAAUUGAAUCUUCACUCCAAUUUCAAUGAAAAGACACGGAUGUGAAUGUGAUGGGUUAUUUAUUUUAAUUUUUGCAAUUUCCAGUAGGGGUCCGCUCAUUUUCAGAUCCGGAUUUUCUUCCCUCCUGCUAGAAGCAAAAGCGGCUCGUCAUACUCGUCCUCGUCCUCCUCCUCCACCAAACAGACCGUUUACGCCCUCACCGUCCGUGGACGCCCCACAGUCCCCAUCGCUCCUUCGACCUUCUCCAGUCAGUCCCAAGAAGAUGGGUGAUGGUUUGGUGGAAGUCAAGGAUGGGUUCACACCAGAGCAUCUUUUCAACCAGGGUACUUCCUAUACAUAUGAUGAUGUCAUCUUCCAUCCUGGUUACAUUGAUUUUCCAGCAGAGUCUGUUGAUCUUACCACCAACCUCACCAGAAACAUCACCCUUGCCACUCCUUGUGUUUCCUCUCCUAUGGACACCGUCACAGAGUCAUCGAUGGCUGCUGCCAUGGCUGCAUUGGGUGGCAUCGGCAUCGUUCACUACAACAACCUCCCCACCGAGCAGGCCACCCUUGUCUCCCAUGCUAAAUCUCUCCGUUUUGGCUUUAUUUCUGAUCCCCUUUGCCUCUCACCCUCUGACACAGUUGGCGAUGCCUCUGCAGUCCUUUCCUCGUCCUCUUCCUCUUGCAUUCUCGUAACUGAGUCUGGAACCACCAAAUCCAGGCUUGUGGGUAUUGUCACAGAGAGGGACCUCUUUGCUGCCCCUGAUCAGGAAACUCGUCUCAGCAAUGUCAUGACUAGAGAUCCUAUCUCUGUGCCUGCUGAAACCAGCUUCGAGCAAGCAGCUGCCUCCUUGAUUGCUAAGAAGCUGAAGUACCUACCUUUGGUCUCAGAAGAUGGGUUGCUUGUGGAAUUGCUGAGCAGGGAUAAUGUGAAGAAGAGGAUGGAGUUGCCAGUUUCUGUUGCACGCCCAUCAGUGGGAGUAGAUGGAAAAUUUCUUGUAGGGGCAGCAAUUGGAACCAGGGAGAAUGAUAAGGAGAGGCUGGAGUACCUCGUCAAAGCUGGCAUUAAUGUCAUCGUGCUGGAUAGCUCACAGGGAGAUUCAACCUACCAAAGGGAGAUGAUCUUAUAUGUGAAGAGGACAUAUCCAGAGCUUGAUGUGAUUGCUGGAAACGUUGUUACGUCUUACCAGGCACAGAAUUUGAUUAAGGCUGGGGCUGAUGCAUUGAGAGUUGGUAUGGGGUCUGGAUCAAUUUGCACCACUCAAGAAGUUUGUGCUGUUGGAAGAGCUCAGGCAACUGCAGUUUAUAAGGUUGCAAGCAUUGCUAGUCAAAGUGGGGUUCCUAUUAUUGCCGAUGGAGGUAUCCAAAACUCGGGGCAUAUUGUCAAAGCCUUGUCAUUGGGAGCAUCCACUGUCAUGAUGGGAAGCUUCUUUGCCGGUACUGAGGAGGCUGCUGGAGGCUAUUUCUACAAGGAUGGUCGUCGGUUGAAAAAAUAUCGUGGUAUGGGCUCUCUUGAUGCAAUGACCAAAGGGAGUGACGCUCGAUAUCUGGGUGACAAGUCAAAACUUAAGAUUGCUCAAGGAGUUUCUGCAGCUGUACCUGACAAGGGUUCUGUUUUCAGAUUAAUUCCUUACACAAUGCAGGCAGUUAGACAAGGUUUCCAAGAUCUUGGUGUCUCCAGUUUGCAGUCUGCACACAAGUUAUGCAGAUCGGGGGGGCUUAGACUAGAGGUAAGGAGCGGAGCUGCACAAGUUGAAGGUGGAGUGCAUGACUUGGUUAUGUACGAAAAGAAAGCUUUUUGACGUGUACUACAAUAUAUUUUGACAUUGUUUACUAACUCACAAGCAUGGCAGCACGUCAAAGAAUGAUUUUGAGAAGGCCAAAUUGGUCACAUCUGUGAGAUACACCAACAUUAGGAUUUCCUACCUUUAUGAUUGGAAAUCCUUAUUUUAGUGCAUUAGCUAUGUUGGCUAUGCAUAAAGAGUUAUAGCCUUGGGGGCUUAACUGCUUGUAGAUGUUCAUGGCCUGCUGUUAUUGAGAAUCUGUUUGGAUAUAUAGGACAUCGGCUGGGUUAUUAUAUCUUACUACAGUGGUGGACCAAUAAAACUUCUUAUACAAAUAUUGUCUGUUUGCUUUCUAACUGAGGAUGGAUCUUUUAUUUAUUUGGACAUGUAUA